AUGAGAGGUUGGUCCUCUAUUGUGGUAUUAAAUGACUUUUAUAAGGACUUUAUUGAGGAGCAUGACAAGUUUUACUUGGCUUUCAGUUUCUUUGAUCUCAUGGAAUAUGACAGGGCAGCCCUCUCUGUCCAAGACUGUAAGAACAAAAAAGCAUACUAUCUUCACAUGUAUGGCAGGUACCUGGCUGAUGAAAAGAGAAAAUUAGACAAUGCUCCGGAUUCAUUUGGUCCUCCAGACAAAUUAGAGAAUGGACACCUUAAAACUCUGAAAACAGAACUAGCCAAGAAGUAUGCCAUCACGGAACUGGAUGGAUUCUGUAUCUAUCUGUACGGUGUGGGGUUGAAAAAGCUGGAUUUACUGAAAGAAGCUAUAGAAGUGUUUGUUGAUGCGGUGAACUCUGAACCACUGCACUAGGGGGCGUAGUUAGAACUAGUGACCCUCAUCAAAGACAAAGAGUCUGUGAGUUAUCUCCCUUAUAUUGGUUAGAACUAGUGACGCUCAUCAAAGACAAGGAGUCAUUGAGUUAUCUCCCUUAUACUGGUUAGGACUAGUGACUCACCAAAGACAAGAAGUCAGUGAGUUAUCUCCCUUAUAUUGGUUAGGACCAGUGACACUCAUCAAAGACAAGGAGUCUGUGAGUUAUCUCCCUUAUAUUGGU